AUUUCAUCAACCGUCCACUGUUAUAAGACUACCAUCAUCGCCUUGGCCCAUAGAGCCUAUUACUACCAUCAGCAUGUCGGCAGGUCAUCCAGUCCUCGACCUCCCGCCUACAAUGCCCUCCGCUUCCGUCCACACCAUGCCGAGCAGCUCACCAAUGGUUGACGAUGAGGACGACAUUACGUUUGACUCACCAGAAGAAGAGAUUGCGCAUUAUAGGGAGAAGUACAGACAAGCCCUUGAUAUGCUCACUGACACUAGGGCCGAGCUGGAGGAGUUCCAACAGUCAUCUAAAGAGCUGGAGGACGAGAUGGAACAAGAGUUGGCUGCUAAUGAUAAGCAACAAGCCGACCUUCGAGAAAAAAUAAAAAGAUUAGAUGCGGAAAAGGAGGAGUGGAGGACAAAGCAUAUUGCGUUGCAAAAGAUGCACAGCUCUACAACUUCGGCGAUGCAAAGAGAAAUGGAUAACCUGCGCUCAGAAAGGGACAAGACCCUGGUUGCCUUGCGAGAUCUGGAAAUGGGAAAUGAUGAACUGGAGCGCAAUGAACGAGUGGCAAUAUCUUCGUUAUUAGAUCUCGAAAGCAAGUACAACCGAGCUAUUGAGGAGAAGACUCUUUUGGAACAGGAUCUGGCACAGAAGGAUGAGCUUGAGACUGAAACUCAGAGGCUGAAAGACGAGUUACGGGAGGCCAACGAAGAAAUCAGUAUAUUAAAGGACCAGCUCGCCCGCGCAAUUGCAACUCCCCCAUCCUCCGUGUCUACAUCUUCCCCGAUACAUGAUGCCGCCUGCGAUCUUUCCCGCAUCCAUCUUUCUGACGAUAUCAAUGCCUCCCCACUUCCUCCUCCCGUCCCUAGUAAGAACAAGUCGAUUACGCCUGAAGGGCAUUCCCCCAGACGCGGCUUGUCACGGAGCGGCACCAUGUCCUCCAUCCCUGUGGCAUCUCCCUCGACAAAGAGGUUCUCGCAACAGAUUCCGCAUUCUCCUUCUUUCAGCACACUCAGUCGCUCCACCACCUCUCGCAAUCUGGCAGCUGCCGCUGGUACGCCUGGAUCACCGGCAUUAGCAAGAUCUAGGAGCGGUAUUCCUCAAGCUUCACCCGCGCGGGGCAUUGUGCUGGCCAGUCACCAGCAGACCAAAUCCAGAGGGUUCAAGCUUCUGCACGACUUACAGGCCAGGCUCAAGGCGACGGAUGAUAAGUUGGGAGGUGCUAAAGUGCCUAGGAGGAAUGUUUCGAACCCCGCUUCGGUCUUUGGCGUUGGCAAGCGUGUAACUUCCACGACUUCGACGACAAGCUCCACAACAACCGCACCUGCCCCUCAUGCUCGUGUCACCGCUCUGGCAAAAGAUCACAAUACAACUCCAACUGCUCAAUCCCAACAGUUUCCUGGCAGCGGCAUUAUGUCUCCUGGCUGGGUCCUUGUUGGCGAGGGUGAAGGCGAGGACACGCCUACUGGUCCGUGGUCCAUGACUCUUCCUGCUGAACCAAACUCUCCUCUCGACCCCACUUUCAGGAGCUCAAGUACUACCUCCAACCGAUCAUUGCCUUCCAGACCUGGAAUCCCAUCUCCCCUAGCAAGUGGCUCGGCCAGGUCUACUACCUCCGGCACGGCUCAACGACAAGCAGGCCAAAGACCAUCUUCCCGAUUAGGGUUGAAAGCCAGCAGACGUGACAGCGAAGCGCGUCCUCUUUCUCCAUCAAUGAUCCCUGUCCCUUCUUUCUCUUCCCGACCAAUGUCCCCGGACGUGUACCAGCCUUUGCGCUCCGCCACGCCUACUUCUGGAUUCUCAUCGUUCUCUGCUUCAGCAUCGACAAGCAACCCACCUAGGCCAAACUCGAGAACGGGCAAGAGAAAUCCCAUAGGCAGAGGCCCUCCACCAUUGUCAUCUUCUACUAGACUACAUCACCAGCGUUCUCGUCAGUCAUUGUCUGGAGCAGGACCUACACCCACAACUGGUGCCGACAAGGUGGAGCGUGCGAAGAGAGGGCCGCGGAGAAGCUCUUUAAGCAACAUGGAUAAGCCCAGUCUUAUGUCUGCUUCAUCUGGAUCCAGAACACCAAGCGGCAGGCCGACCAGUGUACACGUCUUUAGAGAGACGCCACCGCCAGUCCCGAGGAUUCCUAGUGCAAUCCUAAAGGAAAGUAAAGUAAAGAAAUAGUGGCCAACUUGGCUGGGAACAUUUUGGAUGCCGCUAUAUGCUCGCUAAGCAAUAAUUAUGAUUUUUGAUGACAUAAUGACAACAUGAGCGUUUGAAUAUGUAUUAUAGAGCCAACAUGUAUGGCAGUACGCAACAAAUAGUAUUAAGCUAACCAUAA